AUGGAACAUGGAAUAAUUGGUUUUGUACUAAAUUUAAUUUCACUUAUUCAUGGUUCAUUUGCAAUUGUGAUUUCGGUUAUUGUCAUUGGUAUUAUUAUCUAUCAUCAAUAUCAUAAUCGUUUAAGACGAGAAGAGAAAAUAACUCUUAUUCUCUCUGUUAAUAUCUAUUUUUAUAUGAUUAUCUAUGUAGCGGUAUUAGUUUCAGGCAAUAUUCAAACAUUAUUAGGUGACAUAUAUGAGCAAAAUUUUGAUUCAUCAUGGUGUACAUUUAGAGGAUAUCUUAUUCCUGUUUCAUGUUGUGCUCUAUUUCAUGCUUUCGCUAUUCAGGCCUUCUAUCGUCUUUGUCGUAUUGUGUAUUCAAAUCAUAGAUGGGUUCAAUUUUACUGGCUUUAUGUCAUCGCAAUACCUGUUCAAUUAGUAGAAGCUAUUAUUAUUUUAUGUCCUAUUCUAAUCUGGCAUGAUGUUAUAUAUUUACCUAACGAAUAUUAUUGUUUUGUUCCAUUCACAAAAGUUCGUGGUUUUCUUUGGAUUCUACUUAUUGCUUAUGGAUUACCUCUCUUACUUUUAUCUCUUAUAUAUCUUCGUAUUACAAUAUUUAUUCGUCAACAACCCCUUAAUCAAACAUUGAUGGUAAAGCAACGACAAAAAAGAGAUUUGGCCGCUAUUCAACGAAUUUUUAUUAAUGUUGGUCUAUUGUUUGUUCUUGGAAUUCCAGCUUGUUUAACUGCAGCAAAUAUUCAUCAUGUUUAUCUUGCCAAUAAUCAUACAUUAGAUUUUGGAGUAGAAGGACUUGAAGAAACAUGCGAAACCUUAGAUAAAUCUGGUAUAUCAUACGUUGGUGUGGGAAGAACACGUCAACAGGCUCUUGGUCCAGUUUUUCUUGAUGUUCCAAUCAAUGACUCAGCCACUGUUGAAAAGGUUAAACCUGUACCUAUGAAUGCAAGUGCACCUCGUUCUUCUUCAUCAUUGACAAUUGGUUUACUUUCCACAUUAGAUUCGUUCAUUUCAUCUUCUUGCUCAUUAUGA